AUGUCCAGUUGGGCGCGUCGUGCAGCAGACAUUAGCAAUGUUGUCACAUCAUGCGGACAUCCCGGUACUUCGGCACCAGAUUAUACAUAUCGACUGGAGAAAGUCAAAUUUGGUGUACCAUUGGAGGAAGUUUGCAAAAACAACGAAAACAUUCCCGGACCAUUACUAGUCCUUAUACUUAAGCUUAAUAAAGAAUCGCCAAAUAAGCGAGACGUAUUCCGGGCGCCUGGCCAUCAAGGUGCUAUGAAAAAACUUAUUCACUUCUUGCAAUCAGGACGAUUAGUAAAUGUAGACAACUAUUCAGUUUAUACUAUUGCCAGUGUUCUAAAAAAAUUUUUGCGAAAAAUUCCUAAUGGAAUAUUUGGGAGGACUGGUGAGAAGGAAUUGUUUGACAUAAUUGAACUGGAAGACGAAUCAGAACAAACGGAUCGUUUGCAUAG